AUGAGCAACAACGUCCGCGACACGGAUCCGGCCUUGCGGGCGGCGUCCAGCUACAGCGGCGUCGGGGUGGACACGGCGGCCAGGGGCGCCUUCGACAACAGCUACUACGCGGCCAACCUGCAGAAUAUGGUGCUGCUCAGGUCCGACUGGGAGCUCACCCAGGACGACGACACCCUGGCUCGUCUUGUCCAGUACAGGGACGACGACGACAGGUGGAGCGAGGACUUCAGCAACGCCAUGGAAUGGCACAGCGACCUACGGCCACCCAUGGGGGCGCGUCUCGAGAUCAGGAAGAACUGCAGGCUCACCAACCUGAGUCCAGGACGGGCAGUCGUGCACGCGCUCAAACAUUUCUUGCAAAGACGUUACAACCAGAUGUCUUGUUUGUUAAACUUUUUCAAUGCAGGGUUUGUGUGA